GCACGUUUAUAAAUGAAAAUGGCGAUUUCUGUGUUUUGAGUAUGGUGAUAAAUCGUGUGAAAUGGCGAUAAAUGUGGACAGUGGAGGAAAAGAUGAGGUGAAAACUCAUUUUGUGACCCGCGAAGGGACGUACAAGUUGAUGCCCUUGUCGGAAUAUUCCCGGCCGAACCGCCCGCCGUACUCCAGCGUCCAGGGAAACUCGCCUGUUCGUCUCUCGUUCGUGUCUCUGCCCGACUCUGCCGCUGGCACCGAAGAGAGGAUAUGUUUCAACAUCGGCAGAGAACUCUACAUAUUUGUAUAUAAAGGAAGCAAAAAGGCUGCUGACUUAACGAAACCUGUGGACAAGAAAAUGUAUAAAGGAACAAAUCCAACGUGCCAUGAUUUCAACUUAACAACAGCAACUAGUGAGACAGCAGCUUUACUUGUAGGUUUUUCCACUGGACAAGUGCAGCUCAUUGACCCCAUAAAGAAGGAGUUAAGCAAAGUCUAUAAUGAAGAGCGAUUAGUGGAUAAAACAAAAGUAACGUGCAUUCGUUGGGUUCCUAAGUCUCCAAAUCUCUUCCUGGUUAGUCAUGCAAGUGGUCAAUUGUACCUUUACAAUGAAGAACUUCCAUGCAGCACAACGCCGCCUCAUUAUCAACCAUUCAAACAGGGCGCAGGCUACACCAUCCACACCUGUAAAACCAAAAGCACGCGAAACCCACUCUAUCGAUGGGUCAUUGGUGCCGAAGGCUGCAGUAUUAAUGAGUUCGCUUUCUCACCAUGUAGUUCGUAUUUAGCAAUUGUAUCACAAGACGGUUUUUUGCGAGUCUUUCAUUACGACACAAUGGAAUUAGUCGGUUAUGCACGUAGUUAUUUCGGUGGAUUUUUAUGUGUGUGUUGGUCCCCAGACUCGAAAUAUGUCGUUGUUGGCGGUGAGGACGACCUUGUGACAGUUUGGAGCCUUCAUGAGCGAAGAGUUGUCGCGCGGGGUCAGGGUCACCGUAGUUGGGUCAGUGUAGUCGCGUUUGACCCUUUCACAACGUUAGUUGGUCAGUCAAACGGUGAACCAGAGUGUACGUCGGGAGUGUGUUACAGGCUUGGCUCAGUUGGGCAGGACACGCAAGUCUGUUUGUGGGACAUAACAGACGAUGUUUUAAGGCAACCCUCCGGUAGUGGACGGCCACGGACUUGUAGUAGUGUUCAGCCAGGCAAUGGUUCAGCUAAGUUUAAUAAUUCUCAAGCUCAUUUCCUAGAUAACUUGUUCGAUGGUAGUGUCGUGAAUUCACACCACUCCCCCAUGUCGUUUACACAGAGGCUUGCUGCGUUUGGGGACAAGAAAAAAGUGGUCGAGAAAAAAGAAAGUAGUGAGAGGUCUCAUAAACGGAACUUUAGUUUUACAUCCAAAGGCUCAGGUUCGGAUAAAGUGAAUUGUGUCGUGAACCACUCUACCUGUGAUGACCCGAUGAAGUUAAUCGGAACAGACAUGUGCCCUCGUUAUGACCAGUGUCCUGUUUUGGAGCCACUGAUCUGCAAAAAGAUUGCUCACGAACGUCUGACAGCACUGGUGUUCAAAGAAGACUCUUUUGUAACGGCUUGUCAGGAUGGCUAUGUUUACACAUGGGCAAGACCUGAAAAACCUACUAGUUCAAAUCAUCUUGGAUCAGGGCCAAGUUGUUCAUCAAUAGGAGUUAACAAAAAUGGCACGGUUGUAUAACAUUCGUGGAACCGCCGGCUCGGGUCUUCAUCUUCAUCGUUGGGUGAGCAGUAGCUGUUAUUGUGAUACUUGACUGAAAUGCAAUCAAACUGAGCCAUGAAAGCCGCGCCCACUCCGCAUGAUAAUACUCUGGAAAUUACCAAUGAAAAAUAAUUUCAAAUGAGGGGGUAUUCUGCCUUUUCCUCAACUACCUCCAUUUCUCCCUUUACAAAUACACCAAUUCGAGUGCAUGAUCGCUAAUUUGGAACUGAAGGGACUGCAGAUUUUUCUUGUGGAAUGAAGGGUUUUUGAAUUAGUAAGAGUUCAAACCGCAGAGAAGGGUCUUGAAGAUACUUUGACAUGAAAAGAUUUUUAAAUAAGCUCAAUAAUUAGAAGUAGAGCUAAUUUUCGCCCUGUAUUUUUCAGUACAUUUUCAAUAAGGAACCACAAGUUCUCAUUUUAGAAACAAUGUAUGGCCUACUAGUUUCUCUAUGCAGACAGGUGAUUUUAAGGUUAAGCCAGAAAUAGUAGUUCCUUAUUGUGCAGUGUACUCCAUUUGAAAGCUACUAUCUAUUUUCAUGAAUUUGCUAUGCCCGUUUCAAUGCAGUGAAGGGGAGAAAAGCCACUGAGUACUUCUGAGUGGCAGAGUCCUGUUCUACUAGUUUGAAAUAAAAGGCGUUUGAUCCAGGUUUUGAAAAGGCAACUAGACAAGGUCUGAAGUAGAGAAAAAUGUCGCGUGCUGAUUCUCAAAAUCUUACGUAGAAAUGAAGAGGGAACUAAACAAGAUAUUAAUAUGUAUUCUUAUCAUGGUUCAAAUGGAAGUUAGAUUAUACGAAUGACGUCAUUUGUAUUUUUGUCAUUUUAUCAAUAUUAAUUGCAAACACUAAUAUCUUGUUUAGAAGUUGAUUUUCAGACUUCCUGCAGUGCGAUUUGUUUUCCUCAUGAAAUUUUAAAGAGGAAAUAUGUUACAUAGUGCUUUAACUCAUACCUUGUCAAGUGGCCCAUCACAGAACGUAAGGGUGUUGCCAUUUCAAAGUUCACAACUGACUCAUUCGCUAAUCGAGGUCUAAAGAAUUUUAAACAUUUAAACUAACGAGUGGAGACAAAUAUAUGUUUUUUUUGUUUUUUUUUUUUAAAAAUGUUGGUAUAGAUUCGCCCAUAGGCACUACUUUUCCUUCACAUUAAAGAGCUUUUCAAAUUAGCAAGCUCGCACUGUAUCUCUCGUCGGAUUUCUUGAAUCUACUCUUACUCUGCCCUGAGAACAUUUCAAUUUCAAUUUCAAUUGAUCCGGCAUGAAUGAUCAUGAAUCAUGCCUUGAUCGUUUCAUUAACAGAUAAAUGUACAGUAUGUUCGUUUUGAAAUUAAGUUCCUGAGUUUGAUAUUAUUUGAGGUAUCAUCCAUUUGAAAACUGUUGAAUACUUGCAAAUACUUGAUUCAGAAAUCUUGUGUUAAGAAAGAGGGCAUUAAUUCAUAUCAACCCAUUAGAUUCAGCUGGCGGAUCAAGUUUCUGACUGAUUUGCAAAUGAUCAUUCUAAAAAUAUUUUUCUUGAGAAUUUCUGGAGUUUUUCUGAGUAAAUGAUUUUUGUAAUUUUAGCUGUCUAAGAAUAAUUCCAGUCAGGAAUUGGAGCUUCAGAAACCAUCUGAAGGGCGUUGGUCCCACUUUUUUGGUUCGUAAGACUACUCUUUAGUCCAUAGUUGCCUUCUAUGAGUAUUGGUGGUGAAGAGCUAGUAGUCUCUGAUAUUCCGCAGGGCGCGGCUAUUCGUCUCUUUGUUAUGCCAACUAUCGUCUUAGAUUUUUUGCAUGGGUCAGUGGUGUGUGUCUUUGGAGAGGAAACCACUAGGUAUCAAGAAACAGAGGUUUUUUGCUUUGAGAUUUUCCGGCUGAAAAUCAUUAUCUUUUUAAAAAUUUCUCCAGGAAAAUUCAUUACAUGCAGCCUAAGUACUCCAUAUCAAUCUAUGUUAUCAUGUGUAUCACAUGUUUUAAUAUAUGUUAAAAAACGUUAGGUCUUUUACUGGUUUAAAUACUUUUUGAUGGAAGUUCCAUUCUAUGAUGGCCAAAAACGUACUGGUAACUUAAUUCUUCAUAGAGCUUCUUCAGCUGAAGCUGUUGAUAAAGUGACCCUUUUGAUUUAAAUAGUUCUCAUUGCUCUAACUCAACAUUAAGUUUUUGCUGUCAGAAUUUCCUGCUCCUUCCGCACCACUGAUCCGGGGUUAUCCUAAGAUUUUAUGAAAUAUUCUGUUUUCAUUAUUAAUUUUUUAUGUAACCCUUUUUUAUCUCAAUUGUCAUGUCUCAAUGUUAUUCAUAUCCAUGUUAUCAAUGACUCUGAUCAAAUCAGAGAACUGUUAGUCUGUGAAAUUAAUAUGUUAGAAUGUUUAAUUUUUUUCACAUUUGACUACUGAGAGAAGUCAAAUUUUUAUCUCUUUUGUGAAUCCUUGGGUAGAACUUCAGCCAAUGACCCUCACUCACUAGAACACCUGCACCAUCUGAGUCAGGCGUCAUCAACGUAAGAAAAUUCCUGUUUCAAGAUACAUAUGUACUUGUGAGCAUGAGAAUGUUUCAGUGAUGCAAGUUCAAGGUACAAUUUAACUAGAAAGAGAUUAGCAAGCCUCAUUAUAUUUCUGGGCACACUGACCUCAGACUACUGAAUUAUAUAAUUAUCAUCAGCAUGAAUACCAAUCAAAUGUGCUGUACAGUUGCAUAAAAUUUACAAUUUUUGUCCACGCCCCCCCCCCCUCUUUUUGUUUUUGAUCAGGAGUAACUAUCUGCCAUCUCGAAUUUUGAUUUCUCUCUAAUGAAAUCAAAACCACUCAAAUCAUCUGUAAAAUUAAUGUGCAAUUGCUUAUCUUCUUCCAGUCGGUUUUGAGCAUAUUUUCUUUUUAGUGAGUAGAAUGCCACCUCCAAGGAUUUUUAACAAGGAAGAAUCUUAACUUAUCUCUAAAUGCCACAGUAGGGCUCAAGUCCAAAUUUCAUGAAUAAUGUACUGUGUUGUGUUAUCUCCCUUAGAAAUUAUCCAGGUACGGUGUUGCAGGGCAAAUAUUUUAUCCGUUUUGGCAUGGCGGUACCAGAGAACGCCUUAAGUGGCUGAUUCACUGAGUGCUAGGUCCUCCUCAGCAUGGCCCUGUAGGUUGCCUGGUGAAUGGCAGUCUGGGCAAGAUUGUGUAUAAUUAAUUUCUGAAUAUUUUGACAAGACAUGGUCUGGUGAAAAUUUUUAAGGAUUUUGACAUAUCUUCAACCAUUGACUCAGUAAUGGCUGUUCAACUAAUCCACCACUGACUGCAGAAUCUGUAAGACGCUUAUAAAAUCUGGAAGAAAGAUGCUUACCACUGUAUAUUUUCCAUUCAUAAUGUUCUGAUAUGCAACAGAUUAAUUGACUCAUGAUGAGAACCAUGCCAUUGGUCUGAUGUUCUACCCAAUCCAGCUUGUUAGAAGUUACAAAUACACAAUGCAUUUUGUAACUAACCCUAGCAGUAUUAUUUGUUUGAAGGCUUUAUAUAUGAAAUGGUCUCUGUUACUUUCCUCUUAAUUAGCGCAAUAGUAACAGUAGGUUGAAUUAGUCGCAGUGAAACAUUGGCAUUGUCCCAUGGUUUUUACUUAUUUCCCGUUUUUGAGGUCAAAUGUCGAAUGCCU